CUCUGAGUCUGGUGGGAAAUGACAUCACAGGAUCUGAGUUGGGGACUGAUGCCAAAAACACCCCAAAAACAGUUCAGGAACAGACGGGUACAGAUCCAUUUUGACACCAGAGACAGGUGACAGUCCAGUUGCUGAUGUUACAAAACCGAGGGUGCAGCCUGACUAAUAGACUGCUGUCUGAAUUGAGGAACUCUAUAGGUAACAAUGAGACAGGCCACAGAACACAGCAGUGACAACCAGAGGAAGAAUGCAACUCAGGCUGGAUCUGUUGUGUUUCUCUCCAACCCUUUGAUGAGUGAUAUUGAGUCAGAUUGGUCCCCCAUUCAUGAUGCAGCCUACAAUGGACGUGUUCUCACACUGAGAAACCUAAUAGCUCAAGGAACGUGUGUCAACCUGGCCACUCUAGAAAGAGUCGCUCCCCUUCAUGGAGCCUGUCUGCAGGGACACAGUGCCUGUGCCAAGUUACUGAUAGAAAAUGGGGCAAAUGUGAACGUCCCCACGUUGGAGCAGACCACCCCCCUGUCAGAGGCCUGUGCCCAGGGCCACGUGGCCUGUGUGACCCUGCUCCUCCAGCACGGAGCCUUACCCGAAGGAUACAGCCUCUCAGCCUCCCCCAUCCACCAGGCCGCAGCCAAAGAUCAGGUCACCCAGAAUGCAUUGAGUCUCAGGUUCAUCACGGGGCAGAUGUUGAUCAACACACUGACCAAUCAGGCUCCCCACUCUACACUGCCUGCACCAAUCAGCAUCUGAGCACUGUGAAGAAAUUGCUUCAGCUAGGUGCUAGUGUGAACAGCAGUAAGGAUGGGGACUCUCCUCUGAACACGGCAGCCCGUCUGUCCAACCCUGAGCUGAUGUCUGUUCUGCUGGAGCAUGGGGCUGACUGCAGCAGCAGAGACACACAGGGCAAACAACCCCCGGACCUGGCCUCUUGCAACAGCCCCGUGGAGAAAAUAGUGCUGGGCCACAGAGGAGGUAGCUAGUCCCCCAAUGGAUCUAUCUGAUACACAACAUUUUUAACAUCCUGACCUUAGAGAUCCGUUUUAUGUCUCUAUUUUGGUUUGGUCAGGGUGUGAUUUGGGGUGGGCAUUCUGUGUUUUGUGUUUCUAUGAUUUUCUAUGUUUUGGCCAGGUAUGGUUCUCAAUCAGGGACAGCUGUCUAUUGUUGUCUCUGAUUGGAAACCAUACUUAGGUACCCUUUUUUCCACCUGUGUUUGUGUGAAGUUGACUUUGUUUAGGGCACAUAGUGGUUGAGCUUCACGGUUUGGGUUUGUAGUGUUUAUUGUUUUGUUUGGUGUCAUUUUGAGUUAAUAAAGAAAAUGUACGCUUA